CAUGGAUCCUAAUCAGGAAGGCUAGAUAAAGUAGUUGAAAAGUGGGAUUACCUUUGAUCCCUCUUUCACAUAGAAGAUCCUCUUUUAAACAAAGGUGCUUCUUCUUGAGGACUCUGUGCAGAGGAAUUCUUGCAUACUUGCAGUUGUUCUUCCCAUUAUCAGCCAAAAAUGCUGUUUAAUUUGAGUACCUUGCUGAGGAGUGCAGGUGUCCGACAAGGAAGCCGGUUGGCAGUUCGAACUUUUCAAUGUGGAAAAUCAGUCCAAAGCAAUGUCCAGUUGAAAGGACGUCACCUCUUAACUCUAAAAGACUUUACAGGAGAAGAAAUCAAAUAUUUGCUCUGGCUAUCAGCAGAUCUGAAGUACAGAAUAAAACAGAAAGGAGAAUAUUUGCCUCUGUUACAAGGGAAAUCUCUCAGCAUGAUUUUUGAGAAAAGAAGCACAAGAACAAGACUAUCAACAGAAACAGGAUUUGCUUUGCUUGGAGGUCAUCCUUGUUUCCUGACAACCCAAGAUAUUCAUUUGGGAGUGAAUGAAAGUCUCACAGACACUGCACGAGUGCUGUCUAGCAUGACAGAUGCCAUUCUGGCUCGUGUGUAUAAACACUCUGAUCUGGACCACUUAGCCAAGGAAGCUUCAGUUCCAAUUGUCAAUGGUUUGUCAGAGAUGUACCAUCCUAUCCAAAUUCUGGCUGAUUACCUCACUCUCCAGGAACAUUAUGGUUAUCUAAAAGGCCUCACACUCAGCUGGAUUGGUGAUGGAAACAACAUUCUUCACUCCAUCAUGAUGAGUGCUGCUAAAUUUGGGAUGAAUCUGCAGGUGGCUACACCCAAGGGUUAUGAACCAGAUCCCGGCAUCACCAAACUAGCAGAGCAAUAUGCUAAAGAGCAUGGUACCAAGUUGUCUCUGACUUUUGAUCCAAUGGAAGCUGCACAAGGGAGCAAUGUCUUAAUUACAGACACGUGGGUAAGCAUGGGACAAGAAGAAGAAAAGAAAAAGAGGCUACAAGACUUUCAAGGUUACCAGAUAACAAUGAAGAUGGGUAAAGUUGCUGCUCCCAACUGGACAUUUUUACACUGCUUGCCCAGAAAACCAGAAGAAGUUGAUGAUGAAGUAUUCUAUUGUCCAAGGUCACUUGUAUUUCCUGAAGCUGAAAACAGGAAGUGGACAAUCAUGGCUGUCAUGGUUUCCCUGCUGACGGAUUACUCACCACAGCUGCAGAAGCCUACAUUUUGAUGCUUCAUCUUUUUCCAAGGGGGAAAAAUAUUCUGUAGCAACAGAAUAUUCUAGUCCAUGGGGAAGCGGAGGGUGGGGAACAAGGGGCUCAAAAAAAUGAGACAUUCCCUAAUAUAGCCUAAUUUUAGGUGAAUUUUACAAUAUCGUUUUGCUGUUGUGAAGUCCCAUGCAAUAUUGAAGCUCUGGCAUUUGUGUGGGGUUUUUUGCCGUUGUUUAAAGCUCUCUAGAGUAUGUAUUUUGUCUGUACUUUUAAAUUGUCAUUUAACAAAUGAAUUUGAGAAUUCAUUUAAAAUUAUUGGGGUUUGCCACUGCAACAUGAGAAAACAAACCAAAAAGUAGGUUACAUGACUUAUUUGUGAUAACUUAAUGGAUCAUUACCUACAGUGAUUUGUACAUUAAAAUAUUAUUCACUAUCAACUGUUGAGUCAAUCUGUAAUAAUAAUAAUAAUUCUAAUCACUUCAUAUUUGUAUAGGAAGAUUUACAAAAAUGUUUUCUCUGUAAAGACCUGUUGAGUUAGGCAGUGAAGAGUUUGCUUUCAUACUCUUUUGGAAGGACACAGCAAUCCUUGGCUACCACCAAGGCCAGAUAAUUUACCUCCCAAAUGGAUUACAUUAUUGGGAACACCAACAGGACUGUUGUGGAGGAGGAAGUGGUAAUAAUCCUAAAAGGCAGUUUAACCUUGGCCAGACUCUGAAGUUAUUUGCCUGGCCUUCCAGGAAGGCAGAGAUUGGAUAUCUUUAAAAACAGAAAUCUAGCUACUUUUAAAAGAAUGUUUAGAAUUACAACACUGGGGUAGCCCUGGCAAGGAAGUGGAACAUCUCUGUUUACAUAGUUAAGUACACAUGUCCUACUCAGGAGAGAAGCAAAAAUUUUAUAAACUGUAGACAGCAGUCAAUAAGCUAAAAUGCUAUUUUUUCUUUGACUUUAUGUUGCUUUCACCUAAGUUCAAAUCCUUCUAACAUAAGUUGGCAGACUAUAAGCAAAGACUCUUUUGAGUCCAUUCUUUUUCUAUUAAAUGGUGAUAAUGAUACCCAUAAUACCUAUUUCUGAAGGUGGAAGGCUGGAAAGCUCCAGUGAGAUGAUGUAUGUAAAGCAUUUGGCAAACUUAAAGCUCUAAGCACAUAUCAAUCAUAUCAUUAUUAUGAUGAUUCACUUCCAGUUAUUUCUGGAGGCUUAAGAAAUAUUUCUUUAGUUUCUACUCUAUAUGACCUGAAUCUAUGCUAUUGUACUGUUUUUUAAAAUAAAAAACAGAUUCAUAUAUUUUGAAUAAUUUUAAAAUGUUAUUUUACAAUCAGUUAAUCAGAUCUCAAAAAAGAUAAGUGCUUCUUCAUAAGGACAUUUCACAAGGCAGAGUAUAAAACAAGUACAAUCACUUCCUUGGCAUUCCACCUAGUGGUAUUAUAGUUGUAGAUUGUCUAGUUAUGACCUUAACAAAUCAUCAGGAGAUAAAUUAUGUAUGAGAUGCUCAAUGAAGAAUCCAUAAAAUUGUUUAUGAAAAAAUGUCUUGUGCUGUUAUGUGUAGUCAAAAAAAAACAAUUUUCCUGUAAACUACCAAG